AAUUGAUUCGGGCCUGCCCAACUCAUUCAAUACCCAAAUAACCCCCAAAAACAAGAAAGAAAAAAAAAUCUCUGUCACUCCGCCCCUCGCAUCCUUCUUCGCUCCCAUCACUACUUCCACUGUGGUCUGCAGACUGCAGCAAGAGAAGAGACAGAGACAGAGAGAGAGAGAGAGAUGGCGGGUGCGGAGAAGCCGACGGAGGUGAGCAGGUGGAAGAUGUUCGAGGGCUACAACCGGCGCUACAACCACUUCAGCCCUACCCUCGGCUGCUCCAUGACCUUCUCCAUCUUCUUUCCCCCCUCCUCCUCCCCCUCCCCAACCCACAAAUUCCCCGUACUCUACUGGCUAUCUGGGCUCACUUGCACUGAUGAAAAUUUCAUCGCCAAGUCCGGCGCCCAGCGCAUGGCCUCCGCGAAGGGCAUUGCUUUAGUUGCUCCCGAUACUUCUCCGAGAGGGCUUAACAUUGAAGGAGAAGCAGAUAGUUGGGAUUUCGGUGUAGGUGCUGGGUUUUACUUGAAUGCCAUGAACGAGAAGUGGAAAAACUGGCGCAUGUACGACUAUGUUGUCAACGAGUUGCCAAAAAUUUUGGACGAGAAUUUCGAACAGCUUGACACAUCACGUGCAUCCAUUUCUGGGCAUUCAAUGGGUGGACAUGGAGCGCUGACGAUCUACUUGAAAAACCCUGAGAAGUACAAGUCGGUGUCUGCUUUUGCUCCAGUCGCCAAUCCGAUAAACUGUCCUUGGGGUCAGAAGGCGUUCUCAAACUACUUGGGCAGCAGUAAGUCUGACUGGGAGGAGUAUGAUGCCACUUGCUUGAUUAAAAAGUUCAACAACACAAUUUCUACUCCAAUUCUUAUCGAUCAGGGAGAUGACGACAAGUUCCUGAAAGAUCAGCUGCUACCACGCAACUUCGAGGAGGCUUGCAAAAGUGUGAACGCUCCGUUAAUUCUGCGUAUGCAACCUGGUUACGACCACUCCUACUUUUUCAUCGCUACUUUCAUCGAUGAUCACAUUGCCCAUCAUGCUCAAGCUCUCAAGGGUUGACGGCUACGAAAUCAUACCUUGAUCUGCAGUACAUCGUUUCGAAGAGCUUAUGAUGCAAUUAUGCUGGAUUUAUCGUGUCCUUCUUGCUAAAUAUGACAUCAGUUUUUCCUUAGUCUAUGUCAGAGACUAUGCUUGUCGAAAGUUUGUCGAAUUUGUGUCUGCAUUAUGCCAUAUCUAAUGAUGCUUCUUGGAGCUUUUGGAGGAAUAAAAUGGGGAGUCAGGCUUUAAAUUCA